AUGUCUGAACAGCCACCCACCGCUGCAAAAGAUUGCUCCAAUUGUCAAAGACGGCGCCUAAAGUGCGAUCGUGUCCGGCCAGCAUGCAGGAAAUGCGGCAAGCGUUGCCUCAAAUGUCCAGGCUACGGCGUACAAUUAAAAUGGGACCAAGGCGUCGCCAGUCGAGGUAAUCUGAUGGGAAGGUCAUUGCCUAUGAAGAAUUCCUCGUUAGUGUCGAAAUCGCCCGGCCACAACGACCCUCGAAUCAAGUCGCACUCGCACUUGCUGGACCCUACGAGUAAUCUGCGAUGGCUGCAACCGCCACCACAUUCACCACAUGCGCCGAGGUUACUCGCUUGGUUCACAGACCGCGUCGCGAGGAGACUGGCAUGGGUUGAUGGACCUCAAAAUCCCUGGCGAAGGAUCGUUUUACCUCUAAGCGAAACCUGCGAUGCCGUCCGUUCUUCCGUUUUCGCGCUCGCAGCAACGGAUCUGUCCUUACAAUAUCCAAAGAACGAUCCAUGGUGUCAAAAAUUUAAAGACCUAUCACAGUCGCAUCAUCGACAUGCCUUGUCUCUACUGGUCUCCGAACUGAAGAGACUGUCGGCAUUACCUCCAUCUGAAACAUGCCCAGCUGCAUCCUUGUUCCCAACUCUAGCAUCUGUGAUGAUCAUCUGCAACAACGAUCUGCUGAAUACGGAAACCUCAGAAUGGCGCAUGCAUCUAACAGUCGCCCGGGAAAUCUUGAAUGUCGCAAAGACCCACCCGGGGAUUGAGCAAUCGCUCUCACAUAUGCAGCGGUUCUUCUUACAAGAAUACUAUGCAACAUCGGUAUGGAUGAACUUGACCAAUUUCAAGCCAGUUGACAAGAUAGUAAUGAAGCCGCCAACGAGCAACGAAGAUGCUGCCUUAUCCGGCUUUGUGCAUAUCAUUCAUCGCAUCACUCAACUGGAACGCCUGAAGAGAGCUGGGGAGCAGUCCUUAGACUCGGACCGGACCGCCACAUCAUCUCAUUGUCAAGCUCAGGGUAUCUAUACAGAAAUCGAAUCGGCCAGAGCUGAUUCAUUACAAAUUACCAACAACAUCAAUUUCUGGUCCGAUGUCGACCGCCGGAACUUCGCACUGGUGGUACGAAUGUACUACCACGCUACAUUGAUCUAUACUGCCCAAGCUCUGUUGUCCAAUGCCUCGGACUCGGAUGCGAGUGCCGACGCAAAAAUAACAUACUCCCACACUCACAUAAUGCACGACCUCAAAGAAUUAACCAAACUUCGAACCGGGCUCCAUUUCGCCCAGGAUCUUGUUUGGCCGCUUUUCAUCGCCGGGACGGAGGUGCGUUCGGAUCGUGCAGCCCAGGAAAUGAUCGAACAUAGUUUCAAGGCUGUUAUGCAUGUAAGCCGGACGUUGGAUCGAGCUCGUGUGUUGUCGUUCUUGCGAUCUUGGUGGGAGUUUGAUGGUGACGGGUUGGGUUCUUGGAUUGAAUUUGCUCGGAUUAGAUCUGAAAAUUAUAAUUUUAUUAUAGUAUGA